GCACAUCUCCUACCCCCUCGCAACUCGCUGUUUCCCAGGAAGUUUCCUCGAGCGGCCGCAUACAGCUCUGGUCCAACUACCUCAGCGUUCACUUGCAUCCCAAGAGCAUCUACGUCAUCCGUCAGUACAUGCACGAUGGGGAGUGUGGGUGUCUGGAAGCCUUUGGACAAGGUGAAAGCCUCCUGCGGGAUCCCAGCUGCCUGGAGGAGCUGGAAGAUCGGUUGCACUUCUAUGUUGAAGAGUGCGAUCAUCUGCAGGGAUUUCAAGUCCUCUGUGACCUACACAGUGGAUUCUCUGGAGUUGGUGCCAAGGUGACAGAACUACUCUACGAUGAGUAUUUGGGAAAAGGAAUCCUGACCUGGGGCUUGACUCCGGUCCUGAGUAACAUGGGAGAUUAUCAGAAGAAUUUUUACAGACUGAUGAACACAGCCCUGGGAAUUGUCCAUCUCUCCAGCCACAGCUCGCUCUUUUGCCCCCUGUCGCUCAGUGGGAGUCUAGGACUCAAGCCCCAACCUCCUGUGACAUUUCCGUAUAUAAACUACGAUGCAUCACUUAACUACCACAGCAGUGCAAUUUUGGCAGCAGCGCUCGAUACCCUCACAGCUCCAUACCGGCUCUGUGCCUCUCAGGGCUCCAUGAUGCACCUUGCUGAUACACUCAACUUCUCAGGAAGAAAGGUUGUGGCUGCGUGGGCUUCUGUUCCCUUUCCUGCCCUACGCAGCUCCUCGCUCCCUGACACGUUAUGCGCCUACCAGCAGGAUGUGCCCUGGAAGCUUCUGUCUUCUUGUAGGGAACAAAGGGGCAGCCGCUGUUUUGCUCAGUCUGUCGUGCUACGAGGAAUUUGCAAGGAAAGUUGCACCAGUGGUCGUCCAGGGAAGCAGCCCCCGUCUCCACUCCACACCUGCGAGAGCACCGAGCAGGUGCUGCAUCAUUACUUAGACACAGUGUUUCCUGGGGCACUCAGCACAUCCCACGUGCUGGAGCAGCCGUGUAGUACCCUACCUCCCUACCCGCAGUUUUUUUCUCCACUUCUGACCAGACAAGGCUUCCUCCUGGACAAACCUCCCAGUUAUUCUUCAACAGCCGUUGAAAGCAUCCCUGUCCUAGCAGCCCUGCAGUCUUCACCAGUUCUGUACACGCUUCUGUCCAGCUUAUACAAGGAUCUACGAAAGCUGAACAUGCGGCGACUGCCCAGCUUCUUCACUGCUGGCGUUGAGCAGGGAGACUUCGAGGAGGCCUUAGAGGAGCUGAGGACUCUGUCCCAGUGCUAUGAAACGGGGUUUGGAGCAGGUGACUCUGAAGAUGAAGCAGAUUCGGACUAA